AGGCGUUUCCAGAGAACCCGCAAAUUUUCAGCUCCCCAGCGAGUCUCCGGCCAUUUUACCCGACGAAGAAAACGCAUGAUAUACAUUGUGUCUGUAAUCGAUCUGAAAAUUUACUUCCGGUUUUGAAUUUGAAUUGAGCAGAGAAGAGAAGGGGAGAGGAGAAUGGGAUCAGAGCUGAUUUACAGGCGUCAUGAGACUGAUCACCCGGCCGCCGAUGCCUACUCGCCGAAACCGAUCAAGCCAUGGUUCGAGAUGAUGCGACCGAUUCGCUACGUGCUCCGAGAACAGAGACUCGUGUUCGUGCUCGUAGGCAUUGCGGUGGCCACCUUGGUGUUCACCGUUUUUCCCUACACCCGUCCGGCGACGUACACGCAGAGCUACCGUGACCCGAUCUUAGGGUCCGAUUUCCCCCUGAGCGUUCCGGUUCAGAGAAAGACAAGUUACGAGUAUGUUAACCGGGUCGGGUUCGGGUCAGCCGGCGGUAAGGUACCGCUGGGGCUGAAACGGAAGGGAUUGAGGAUUGUGGUGACGGGAGGGGCCGGAUUCGUAGGAUCUCACCUUGUGGACCGUCUGAUCGAGAGAGGCGACAGUGUGAUAGUGGUGGAUAAUUUCUUCACGGGGAGGAAAGAGAACGUGGUGCACCAUUUCGGUAACCCGAAUUUCGAGCUCAUCCGACACGACGUCGUUGAGCCGCUCCUCCUGGAGGUUGACCAGAUCUACCAUCUCGCUUGCCCUGCUUCUCCUGUUCAUUACAAGUUCAACCCAGUCAAGACGAUUAAGACGAAUGUGGUUGGGACACUGAACAUGCUUGGUCUGGCAAAGAGAGUUGGAGCAAGGUUUUUGCUGACCAGCACCAGUGAGGUGUACGGUGAUCCUCUGCAACAUCCUCAGGUGGAGACUUACUGGGGCAACGUUAAUCCCAUCGGUGUCCGCAGUUGUUACGACGAGGGAAAGCGAACAGCAGAAACUCUGACCAUGGACUACCACAGAGGAGCCGAAGUCGAGGUAAGAAUUGCAAGAAUUUUCAACACUUACGGGCCCAGAAUGUGCAUAGAUGAUGGUCGUGUUGUUAGCAAUUUUGUUGCUCAGGCAUUAAGGAAGGAACCCUUAACUGUUUAUGGUGACGGCAAGCAAACAAGAAGUUUCCAGUACGUUUCUGAUCUGGUGGAGGGCUUAAUGCGCCUUAUGGAAGGGGAGCAUGUCGGGCCAUUCAAUCUCGGAAAUCCUGGUGAAUUCACCAUGCUUGAGCUUGCUAAGGUGGUUCAAGAAACAAUUGAUCCAAAUGCAAGAAUAGAGUUCAGGCCGAACACAGAAGAUGACCCGCACAAGAGGAAGCCUGACAUCACAAAGGCUAAGGAGCUUCUGGGUUGGGAACCAAAGGUGUCUCUCCGGAAAGGUCUCCCUCAAAUGGUGAAAGAUUUCCGGCAACGCAUAUUCGGUGACCGAAAAGAAGCCGCUGCCAGUACUCUGACAACAUCUUAAACAUGAGUAUAAUACCUAUAGGCUCGUAAGCAAGUAAAGGGAGGAGGAAAAGUGCAGGAACAAAGAGAUUUUAUUUAAGACCGAGAUCAAAAUUUUAAUCUACAGGUGCAGGAAUAGUGCAGAGAAACUGAAGGUUGUCUAAUCUCUUUGGAGUAGGUUUUGGGUUAUCUUUUUUUUUUUUUUUGGGAAAAAAAAAACAAAUUUAUUGCAUACUUAAUUUUGUUUUUUAAUUGGUUCUUUGUUUUGUUGUUGUUUAUCUUCGACUUUAGAAGACAGUAAACUGGGGGGCAAGCCCAGAAAUAACACCUUACCCCAUAUAUAUUUACUA